GUCCAAUGAAGCUCUGCUGACAUGUUCAGUCACAGCCAGGUGUUACAGGAUGAGGGGCAGUAUGAAGGACUCCCAGCAUGCAGCCAUCAAGACAAAGCUGUGGCCCAAGCAGAAAGUCAAUAAAAAAGCCAAAGAUGAGUCCCAGAAGGCGGAAAAGACCCCCAAGCCGCCGAUGUCCACUUUUGCGUCCGCCGCCAGAAGAGCCGUCCCGCAGGUGAGCGAGGCCGAGCGGGUGCGGCAGACGGCCUUCGACAAGGUGGUCUACGACCUGGCACACAACCCGAGGAUGGUCAACGAGCUCAUUCUGGGGCGCAGGGUUGGAUUCUACGAGCUGCGCGGGGAGAUCGGGCAGGGGAACUUCUCCUCGGUCAGACUGGGCAUCCAUGCUUUGACCAAAGAAAGGGUGGCAGUGAAGAUGGUGGACAAGCAGCGUCUGGAUAAGGGAGGCCAGCCGGUCACCUCCUCCGAGAUCCGCUGCAUGGAAAAGCUGUGCCACCCCAACGUGGUGCGUCUGUACGAGGUGGUGGAGACCGGCAGGAAGUUGUACCUGGCGAUGGAGUACGGCAGCGGCGGCGACCUGUUCUCUCGUAUCACCACCAGGGGCAAGCUGAGCGACUUGGAGGCCAAACUGGUCUUUGCUCAAGUGGUCUCUGCCGUGAAACACAUGCACGACAACAACAUCGUCCACAGAGACCUGAAAGCGGAGAACAUCUUCUACACCAGCAGCUGCUGCAUCAAGGUGGGUGACUUCGGCUUCAGCACCGAGAUCGCGGCCCACCAGUUGCUCAGCAGUUUCUGCGGCUCCCCGCCGUACGCCGCGCCCGAACUUUUCCGAGACAAAGGCUACGUGGGACGCUGCUCGGACGUCUGGGCUUUAGGUGUUCUCCUCUACUUCACCGUGACCGCCACUUUGCCUUUUUUCGGGGACAAUUUGGGGCGGCUGAAGCGUUGCGUCCUCCAAGGGGCCUACAGCAUCCCGGCGUACGUGCCCGACCAGUGCCAGACGCUCAUCAAAGGUAUGCUGCGUCCGGUACCGCUGGACCGCUCCUCCCUAACCCAAAUAGCAGACAGUCCUUGGCUCAGGGGGACCGAGGCUCCUCGUCCUUUUGAGUCCCUGCCUUUGUCGCCGGCCCACUUCGCUCAGGCCGCGCCGACUCUAAGCCAGGAAGAGGAAGAGGUGAAAACGCUAUUGUCCGAUCUGGGAAUUACGGCGCUUCUCCUGCAGAACAACCCCUGUUCGGACUCUAAGAGCCCUCUGACCGGCACCUACCGGAUCCUCCUGCACCGGGUGCAGAAAAGGAGGUUGGCAGAGGCCGUCGGCUACCAGGCGCUGCGUCCCGAGGGCUGUAAGAGUGCGUCCGUGCACAAACACGACCCUUCCGCCGUCUGUCUUAUACUCUGACAAGACGAGCGCACUCGCAAGUUGCGCAACACUCGAGUGGAGAAGACGGGCCAGGAAGGGGAGGGGCGUCCUUUAUCUCACGCUUUAAAGACGUUUCUCCCAAUUAAUGAGCCGUGACUCGCUCCGUCGCCAGCAAUGCUCCGGAUUCAUCAGUCGCCGCGCUGAAAUCCCCUCGCAGACGCGGCCUGUAAAUCCGCACGGCUAAGCCGAGGCCACAGGUAAUCCCAGCAGGGGGUCCUGAGAACAUGGCCGCUCCGACAGCAAUGAAAGCCGAGACUGGAAAAACACGUCUGGCUUGGAAAUGAGAUGAAAGUGUCGACGGAGUCCAAGCAGGACCACACAAAAAUUGUACAGACAACAACAGACUGUGAUACGCACAAUCUAAAGCAGGGGGCGCCAGCCUUUUUGGAAGAGAGAGCUACUUUUUAGGUACUGAUUAAUGCCAAGGGCUACCACAGGGGUCGGGAACCUUUUUGGCUGAGAGAGCCAUGGAAGCCAAAUAUUUCAAAAUGUAUUUCCGUGAGAGCCAAAUAAUAUUUUUUUUAACACUGAACACAACUAAAUGUGUGCAUUUUUAAGUAAAACCAACAUUAGGGUAUAACACGUCUGUUAUUCUUUUCAAUAACAUUUUUAUUCUGAAGCUAACUAUCCAUCCAUCCAUUUUCUACCGCUUAUUCCCUUGUGGGGUCGCGGGGGGCGCUGGCGCCUAUCUCAGCUACAAUCGGGCGGAAGGCGGGGUACACCCUGGACAAGUCGCCACCUCAUGGCAGGGCCAACACAGAUAGACAGACAACAUUCACACACUAGGGACCAUUUAGUGUUGCCAAUCAACCUAUCCCCAGGUGCAUGUCUUUGGAGGUGGGAGGGGCCUAUCCCCAGGUGCAUGU